CAUAGUUGAAGAAUGGACUUGUUGGGGUUAAACAAAUUUAUGGUUCUUCUCUGGAAGAAUUUUAUUUUAAAGAGAAGGCAGUUCAUUGCUAUAGUUGUUGAAAUCAUCCUGAUAUUACUGUUUGCUGGUGUGCUUUUGUUAACACGCAAGUUUAUGGUUAUAAAGAAGAGUGGACCUUUCAACUACUCUCUCCAGUCUGUUGAUAAGUUGCCUGCAUUCCUCAGAGGGAUCCCUUCUUCUGGACAAUGGGAAUUCGCUUUUGUGCCUUCCAAAAGUAUUGUGGUGAAGAAUAUCAUUGAAACUGUGAAAAGGGAUUUACGCUACAAUUUUAAAGUUCAAGGCUUUUCUUCAGAAAGAGAUUUUGAAGAUUAUGUUAAGCAAGAGAAUAACUCUGAAAGAGUGAUGGUUGCUUUUGUUUUUGACCACGAGUUCAAAAAUAGUGAUGAUCCCCUGCCACUGAAGGUAAAAUAUUAUCUGCGUUUUAGUAGUUUCCAGAGGAACAAUUAUGUGAGUUUUUUCCGACUCAGAGGCUGGGAAACAGAUGCUCUCUUUCCAGAAUCCCCUUCGAUGGGACCCAGAAAUGAAUACGACUCAAAUGGGGGGAGUCCUGGGUACAUCACCGAAGGGUUCCUGCUUAUGCAACAUGCUUUGGAUAAGGCCAUCAUGAAAUACCAUAACCACACUGCUGCAAAAAUGCUGUUCAGAGAUGUUCGCGUUCUUGUUCAGAGAUUUCCAUACCCAAUAUAUUAUCAUGAUUACUUCUUCACCUUUUUUGGUAUUUUCAUCCCUUUAGUAAUCUUAUUUAUCUUUGCUAUGAAUCAUCUUACCCUCAUUCAAUCUAUUGUGUGGGAAAAGGAAAAUCGAUUAAAGGAGUACCAGCUAAUGAUAGGACUCAGUAAUUGGAUGCUCUGGGCUGCCUAUUUCUUCACAUUCUUCACUUUGUACUCAGGUGUCAUCUUGUUGAUGUGCUUAAUUUUCUUUGCCAAGGUGGAACCUGUUCCAGUCAUCCAGUACAGUGACCCAUCUCUUGUUUUUGUCUUUUUGCUGUGUUUUGCCAUCUCCACAAUAUUCUUCAGCUUUAUGGUUAGCACAUUUUUCAAUAAAGUAAAUUUUGCUGUGUCUGUUGGAGGUUUCAUUUAUUUUGCCACCUACUUUCCAGCUACCAGAAUCUCUUCAAAUUAUGCAGGGAUGACACUCACCAAGAAGCUGGCUUCCUGUCUCAGUUCAAAUAUUGUAAUGGCACUGGGAACUAAAUUCCUAGUCAAGGCAGAAAUGGACAAAAUUGGAAUUAAAUGGAGUAACAUCUUCUCACCAACCACAGUGGAAAAUUUUGUCUUUGCCUAUAUACUGGGAAUGUUUUUAUUUGAUGCUGUCUUGUAUGGCCUUGUGGCCUGGUAUAUAGAAGCAGUCUUUCCAGGAGAGUAUGGUGUGCCCAAGCCAUGGAAUUUUUUCUUGUUGCGCUCUCACUGGUUUGGGGAAAAACCUAAGGAAAAAAAUAAAGCAAGGCAAUUUUAUGAGACCAUUGAAAGCAAGUAUUUUGAAGCUGAACCUAAUGAUUUGGUGGCAGGUAUACAGGUCCAACAUUUGUGUAAGGAAUUCCGAGUGCAGAAUACUACCAAAGUCGCUGUAAAAGACUUGUCUUUGAAUUUAUAUAAAGGUCAGAUCACUGUUCUUCUAGGACAUAAUGGGGCAGGGAAAUCGACUACUCUGUCUAUUCUUUCAGGUCUCUAUGCUGCUACCAGUGGAAAGGCCUAUGUGAAUGGAUAUGACAUCUCAAAGCAGAUGGCCCAGAUUAGGAAAAGCUUGGGUUUGUGUCCCCAGCAGGACUUGUUGUUUAAUUACUUGACAGUAUCAGAACACCUUUAUUUCUACUGUGUGAUGAAAGGAAUCCCUCGAAAGAUGUACCCUGUGGAAAUUGACCAUAUGCUGUCUGCUUUUAACCUGCUAGAAAAGCAAAAUGCAUUUUCAGAGUCACUGAGUGGAGGAAUGAAGCGCAAACUCUCCGUCAUUAUAGCACUUAUAGGGGGCUCCAAGGUGGUGAUACUUGAUGAGCCCACAGCUGGUAUGGACCCAUCAUCAAGGAGGGCCACCUGGGAUCUCCUUCAGCAGUAUAAACAGGAUCGCACCAUCUUACUUACCACCCACUACAUGGACGAAGCUGACAUCCUGGGUGACCGCAUAGCCAUCAUGGUGAAGGGAUCCUUGCGAUGCUGUGGCUCUUCACUUUUCCUCAGAAAAAUAUAUGGUGUGGGAUACCACAUAGUCAUGGUGAAGGAGCCUCACUGUAAUGUUGAAGAAAUCUCCAAGUUGAUACAUUAUCAUACACCAUCAGCAAAUUUGGAGAAGAAUGUUAGAAAUGAAUUAUCUUUUAUUCUACCCAAAGAGCAUGCACACAGCUUUGAAGCCCUGUUUACUGAUCUGGAAAAGAGACAGAAAGAGCUGGGCAUUGCUAGCUUUGGUGCUUCUAUUACUACUAUGGAAGAAGUCUUCUUUAGGGUCAGUAAUAUGGAAGAUUCACAAACAGAUAUCCUAUCUAUCCCACCUCAACCUGUCUCUCUGAUGAGUGAAGUCUCAGUCAAGAACCAGAAUCGGAAUAUGUCCAGAAAUGAGAGAGCAGAUUCUUUCAAUAUAAAUGAAAGCCCUGCUAUUAUGUUCAAUACUGGGUAUUCCUUCUACCACCAGCAGUUCCAUGCCAUGUUCCUCAAGAGGGCAAUAUUCAGUUGGCGUAACUGGAAACUUGUUUUGCUGCAGAUACUGGCACUUCUAGGUUCACUUACCUUUCUCUCAGAGACUAAUAAGUUUUCACAUAGUAAUGAUGAUGAGAAGGUCAGACAAAUGAAUUUGGGCCAAUAUGGUCAAACCAUUGUGCCUGUAUCUAUUUCCGGGAAUUCUAAUUUGACUCUGAUUUUCUUAAAACAUCUUAAGAGUAUACUAGAGUCUGAGAACCACACAAUUAAGGAAGUGAAAGGAGAUCUAGUGAAAUAUUUGAUGGAAAAUGAAGAUUGUAUUCUCUUAUGCAUUGUUGCAUUUUCCAUUGAGGUAAAGAGAGAUAAAAUAAUAUUUACUGGUAUGUUCAACAAUCAAGCAUACCAUUCACCAUCUCUAACGCUGGCAAUGUUAGACAACAUUCUUUUCAUGUCAAUUUCUGGCCCUGAUGCUUCCUUAACAGUCUCCAAUAAACCUCAGCCACACUCUACUGAUAAGGAACACAGUGAAACGGAAUCAGAUGGACACCAGGUGGCCUUAAAUAUACAUUUUGGCAUGGCUCUUUUGAUCAGUGGCUUUUCUCUAUUGACAGUGACUGAGAGAGUCUCUAAGGCAAAGCACAUCCAAUUUGUGAGUGGGGUCUCUGUCUUUGCAUACUGGAUCUCUGCUCUACUGUGGGAUCUCAUCAUAUUCUUCAUUACCUGCUGCUUACUACUAGGAGUGUUUAAAUUCUGCCAGCUAGAUAUAUAUCUCACAGAUUACCACUUCCUGGACACAAUGCUGAUCUUCAUGCUGUAUGGCUGGUCUGCCAUUCCCCUCAUGUACCUGCUGAGCUUCCUGUUUUCUAAAAGUACUUCUGCCUACAUCAAACUUGUGUUGUUCAACUACCUUUCAGGCAUUUUCAGUCUCCUCAUAGAUACCACAUUUCAAUUUGAAAAUGAACAUAACAUGUCAAAUGCCACCAGAAACUUCAUACUUACGUCAUUAUUGCUUUUUCCCAAUUACAACCUGGCGAAGUGCAUCACUGACUAUUUUACUUUCCACCAGAUGAAAAAAUGGUGCUCCAUAAAAAAACCUGCUGCCUACAUAAUUUGUGAUAAAGAAAACACUGAAAAGACUGUUUAUUCUUUAGAAGAGAAAAUGAUUGGAAAAUAUAUGAUUAUGAUGAGUGCCAUAGGCCUUAUUUGCCUUCUCUUGGUUUUCCUUUGGGAAACAACUCUGUGGAAAUUAAGAACAUUUCUCAAUCAAUACAUUUACUUUGGUAUCUAUAGGACAUACAAGAAGAAAAAAGUGUCUAAAGAGUUAUCUGGAGAAUGUGAAGAUGAAGAUGUAGGAAAUGAAAGAAAGAGAAUCUUGGGACAGCCUCAGGAGUUGCUGAAUUCCACAGUACUUAUUAAGGAACUCACAAAGAUAUAUUUUAAGUAUCCAGUCAUCCUGGCUGUGAAAAAUAUCUCCGUUACAAUCCAAAAGGGGGAAUGCUUCGGAUUGCUUGGUUUCAAUGGAGCUGGAAAAACUACUACCUUCCAAAUUUUAACUGGAGAAGAGAUUGCUACUUCUGGUCAUGUUUUCAUUGAUGGCUUUAGUAUCACUGACAAUAUCCAAAAGGUGAAGUCAAGAGUUGGGUAUUGUCCUCAAACUGAUGCUUUGCUGGAAUACAUGACUGGUCGCGAAAUAAUAACCAUGUAUGCCAGAUUAUGGGGAAUCUCUGAGCCCCAGAUUCAGCCGUAUGUGAGCAAAUGGUUGAAUUCGCUGCAACUGGAGCCCCAUGCUGACAGGAUUAUCAGAACCUACAGUGGAGGAAGCAAACGUAAGCUGAGUACUGCUAUUGCCCUGAUGGGAAAACCUGCAGUCAUUUUGCUGGAUGAGCCAUCAACAGGCAUGGACCCAGUAGCCCGGCGCCUGCUCUGGGAUGCUGUGACACAAGCACGUGAAAGUGGCAAAGCCAUUAUCGUAACUUCCCACAGAAUGGAGGAAUGCGAUGCCUUCUGUACCAGGCUGGCCAUCAUGGCGAAGGGAAAGUUCGUGUGCCUUGGCAGUCCUCAGCACCUCAAGAACAAGUUUGGUGAUAUAUACAUCCUGAAUAUUAAGGUCAACACUGAUAGACACAAGCAUAAACUAGAUGAUUUUAAAAAUUUUAUCACAAUGACAUUCCCAGGUAGUGUAUUAAAGCAGGAGAACCAAGGGAACCUGAACUACUACAUUCCCAGCAAGGACAAUAGCUGGGCAAAGGUGUUUGGUAUUUUGGAGGAAGCUAAAGAGCAAUUCAAAUUAGAAGAUUAUUCCAUCAGCCAGAUAACACUGGAACAAGUCUUUCUGAUUCUUGCUAACCUACAGAACACAGAAGAUGAUUGA